UUUGUUUUCGUACCUUGUAGCAAUAAAUGGCAUUUUAAGGUGAUCUUGUUUUAUUGAUCUGUGAGCAUGAGAAUUUGUUUUACUGAUUGUCUCCAACUCUUAUGAGUUGUAAUUGGACUUUUGGAAUUAGAUCCUGAGCAAAUACCAAAACUUAACGAGCUUUACGCUAUAUGUUGAUCUACUUCUUUAGGAAGGGAUAUUCUCCUGCUUUCUCUUUUCAAUCUGCAGGAUGGUUCUCUCUUUCUUUCUUUCUUUCUUUUCUCCUGCCAUUUUCUCUUUUUGAUUUUGCAGUUCCACAACCGAAGUUCAUGUAGAGAAGAGCUGUCUUUAUUUAUCUUUAAUCAUCUUCUUAUAUCUCAUUACUUUCCUAAUUUGGAUUGAUAUAAAGUCUAUGAACAACUAACCUGUGUCCAAGCUAUGGGGUUCAAUGAGUUCUCGCAAAAUUCUGCAGUCAUAUCGUUUAUCAAUAACGGAAAAAAUACUCUUAUCAAGUGGAAGAAGACUGGUCCGAACAAAACUACUAUCCAAUUGAGGCGUCGAUGGAGAAACUCAUCAAUGAUGAAAUAUCAAAACAAUCUCACACCAGACGCAAUGCACCAAGCAUUGUGGCCCGCCUAAUGGGGGUUGAUACUCUGCCAUUAGAUACAAAAUCCGUUGUUGAUGCGGUUGAAAAAAAGGAUGGCUAUCAGGGAGUGAAGUUAAUGAAAAACAGAAAUAGAAAGGGGUCAGUUGAUCAUUAUUCAUCAAAUUCAAAAGUUUCCAGACAAACGGAACUUGAUUCAACAUAUUAUAAGAAAGAUAAAGAUGGUGACAGAUGGAGCACUGGCCAGAAAUUGGGAAAGCCCAGGCCUCGAGAACAUCCUCAAGAGGAGGAGCUUCAAAAGUUCAAGAGAGAAUUUGAAGCUUGGCGAGCGGCCCGGUUUAAAGAAUGCUCAAAGCUUGUCGAUGAUAUUGGAAGCACUCUUACGAACUCAUUUGCUGAGGAGAACCUCCAGAAAGAAAAGAUAGCGCACUCUGCUAAUUCUGAGAUUGCAAUGAGGGUGAAAUCUGUCGAACCCAAUCUUACAUUCAAUGCAAGGUUAAAUGAAAAAGGUUGUUCACAACAUCAUCAUGGACAUAAAAUGGAAUACUUUCCAGCUGAGCAGAAAGAGUCAUUUCCUUUGAGGAGCAGAACCAUCAGCAGAGAUUUCUUGCAAUCCUCCGUGAUUGACUAUGAUCAGAAACUGGAUGCAGCUCCAACGAGAAUAAUUAUUUUGAAGCCUGGUCCUGAUAGGAUUCGCGAACAUGAAGAAUCCUGGACCAGUUCCUCAGGAACCUUUGAGGACAGAGCUAGUAUAGAGGAUUUUCUUGAGGAGGUGAAGGAACGACUUAAGUCUGAGUUGCAAGGUAAAACUCUCAAACGAAGCUCUGGAGUCAGAGGAAGUGGAAUCGAGACACCUUACAAGGAAAAGCCAUCAGAUCCAAAACAAAUUGCUCGACAUAUAGCAAACCAUGUCAGAGAAAGUGUUACAAGGGACCUUGGAAUGAAUUUGCUCCGAUCAGAAUCAACACGAUCAUAUAGAAGCGAAAUUCAGGUUAACAGCCCAGAUUCCCCGGAGUUCGUCAACAGAGAUACAAGGAAAUUCUUGUCAGAGAGACUAAGGAAUGUUCUUAAGAGAGAGACACAUCUAGAUGCUCCAGUUACUGCCAAUGGCAGCUUGAGAUCAUCUGUGUUAGAUAGUGAAAGAAGAAUAAAACAAACAGGAGCUUACUUGAAUGCUGCAAAUGAACAGAACUACUGGGAAUUUUUGAAAGAUGAACAGGAUAUACAAACCAGAUCAUUCAGGCGCGGUGACGAUGAUGGAGUUGUUGACAGAGAAUUAUCCCCUAGAAAUCUCAUCAGGUCAUUGUCAGCGCCGGUAUCUGGAACAUCGUUUGGGAAGCUUCUUUUAGAGGACCGCCAUGUUUUAACUGGUGCUCAGAUCAGAAGGAAGCAUGAAGCAACUGAAAAUUUGUCAGAAAAUCUUAGGAAAAGGAAGAAAGAGAGGUUUAACUUCAGAAAAAGGGUAUCAGAUAUUAGAGACAGUUUCGCUCUUAGAGGGAGGCUGUUCGGCAAGAAGAUUCAUUCAACAAUUGAAUCGCAUGGCUUUGAGCAUAACUGCAUAAAAGAUAUCAUGAGCGGACCGACUGUUGUUAUGAACUACGGAGAGAGACAUGAGAACUCUACUGAGGUGCCUCCUAGCCCUGCGUCAGUGUGCAGCAGCACUCAAGAAGAUUUCUGGAAGGCUGCUGAUUAUCUCAGUCCAAUAUCAACACCAGAUAUUACGAUUGGAGAUGAUAACCCUAUGCCUCAGGUUUUCAGAGAGAUCAGUUCUAAUCUGAAUGAGCUACGGAGACAACUAAAUGAGCUUGAAUCUGAUGGGCUGGAGGACCGGAUCAUUGAGCAAGACAUUGUUGAGUCUGAAAGAACUGAUAUAGAGGACAAGACAGAAGCUUAUGUAAGAGAUUUGCUCAUUGCUUCUGGUUUGUAUGAUGAAUCGUCUGAUAAAUGUUUAUUAAGACGGGACGCCUUUGGGAAGGUUAUCAGCAACUCGGUCUUUGAAGAAGUCGAAGACCAACAUAGAAAAUUAAACAAGGAGAAGGAAAGUAGUGUCAUCAAUAAUAACAAGGAAAGGAUAGAUCGUAAACUCUUGUUUGAUUUGUUGAACGAAACGCUUAAGACCAUACUUGGUCCACCGGCGAUGAAGUCUAGAAUACAAAGGAAGGUUAGUGGCUAUUCCGUUCUGCCUCCUCCACGUGGUAGGAAAUUAUUGGAUACUGUAUGGAAGAUCAUCUGUGAGUAUCUAUACCCUCCAACAGAGAGAUUAAAUCAGUCACUGGAGAGGAUGGUGACAGAGGAUAUGGAAUCCACCCCAUGGGCUGACUUGAUGGAUGAAGAAAUUAGUGCUUUGAGUAGAGAGGUGGAAAGUGUCAUGAUGGGAGAACUGGUUGAUGAAGUUGUGAAGGAUAUAUGCAGUUAAAGUCGGUAUAUGUAUUAUUACUGAAUCAGUAACGCUGAUGUUUUUAACCUUAAGUUUGGCAGUGUCAUAUUUUUUUGAUAACCAAGUUAUGCUUCAGCAGAGACUGAAAAGAGUGAAGAAAGGCUGUUAAAGGGUGAGGUAUAUACGAGGCAAUAUCUAUACAUCAUGAGUGGUUAAAUCCCUAAUUUUGGAUCGGGAUGUUUGAUUGAUACACGUGAGUCUUUUCCAUGUAGAUGUAUAUAACUAUUGGUCUUUCCUGUUACGUAGGAGCUGGGUUGAACA